AGUUUGGUAUGUAGGAAAAUAUUUCUAAAAAAUAUUUUUAGUACUUGGAAAGAAGUGUCCUCUCUACCUUCUCUCUGAGGUAAAGUUGAGGUCUGCGUACUUUCUGUUCUCUCAGACUCGACUUUAUGGGAGUACGCCUCACCUCUGAGGUAAAGGUGAGGUUUGCAUACUUUCUGCCCUCCCAGACUCGACUUUAUGGGAGUACACCUCACCUCUGAGGUAAAGGUGAGGUUUGCACACUUUCUGUUCUCCCAGACUCGACUUUAUGGGAGUACACCUCACCUCUGAGGUAAGGGUGAGGUCUGCGUACUUUCUGCCCUCCCAGACUCGACUUUAUGGGAGUAUACUGGGAUUGAGAAGAAAUGGAAAAAGUUGUAGACUAAGAUGGGUAAAUUAUUUGAGGCCAGACUUGAAGAGGGGGCAAAUAACCCCAAAUGAAGAGAAGAUCAUACUUGAGCUUCAUGCUAGAUGGGGCAAUAGAUGGUCAACUAUUGCUCGAAGCUUGCCAGGGAGAACGGAUAACGAGAUCAAAAACUACUGGAGGACGCAUUUCAAGAAGAAGACCAAGAACUCAUGUGACAACUCUGAGAAGUCACGUGCAAGUCUUUGGAAAAGACAACAAUUCCAACUGCAGCAGCAGCAACAACAACAACAAAUCAAAAAUCAAAUCGACAUCAAAAAGGUCAUGUCAUUACCAACUAUGGCUCAAGCAAAACAAGAAAUGGCCAUCUUGUACCCAAACAUCUACACAAUUGAUCAACAAGAUCAAGUUGGGUUGUUCUACUCGAUGCUUAAUAACUCGACCUCUAUAUCACAGUCUGAACCCUCUUCGUCCAAUGAAGAUAUCAUGUGGGAUGACUUAUGGAACUUGGAUGAUUUUUAUGGCCAUUUUAUCAACUCUACAACUUAUAACAAAACCAACACUAGUCCUUGCCUUCAACCUAUGGCUAGUACUACUACUCCAUCUUUCUAUUAAAUCCUCAAGAAAAUCACUAGGAAGCAAUUUCCCUCUUUCAAUCCUAAUUUUCUCAAUGUUUGUGUGACCUAUAAGUUACUUGUUCGAGCCGUGGAAUAAACCACUAAUGCCAUGCCUGCAUCAGGAUAGACUGCCUACAAGGUGCGGCCUUUUUCCGAACGUCUUGUGCGUGAAUGCAGGAUGAUUCGUGUAUUAAGCUGCCCUUUUUUUGCUUACAACUUGUUGCUAGUUGGGAGUUAACCAAAGAAGGUUUAUUAUCCAACCAAAAGAGAGAUUGCAAUUUGUGUUCUGGAUAAUAUAUGAAGGUUCAAUAAUUUUGUAAGUCUCUUAUAAGGCAUUUUAGUAUUAUAGUAUAAAAUUUAUUAGAAUUAUGUACUUUGUGCUAUCUGAGCUGCAAAAAUAGCCCAGUUAGUGAUUAGUGUGAUGGUCAUGUUGAGGAAAUUGUACCAUAAUUGCCAAAAUAAUCAAUUAGUUUUGCUUGGAACUUUACUAUUUUCAUCAACUUAGACAAAACAAUUGGUAUUACUUUAGGAUUAC